CGCCGCGGCCGCGCUCGGAGGGAGGACGCGGGCGGGAGGAGGGGCUCCCCGCGCGGGGCAGGGGCGGAGCGAGCGGCGGCGGCGGCGGCGGCGCCGCGGAACCAAGUGAGUUCGCUCCGGAGCCCGCGCCGCGGCCGGCCGCACCCCCGGCGCCCGCCCGCCCCCGCCGCCCCCGCCGCCCCGGCCGCCGCCGCCCGCGUGGGCAUGUAGGAUGCUGGUGGGCUCCGGGCUCCCGCGGCGGCGGCGGCAGCCUCUCCUCUGGCCGCUGCACGCGGACCCGCCGCCGCCGCCGCCGCCCUGGGUCUGGAUGGUCCCCGGCUCCACCGGGCUGCUCCGGCUGGGCGCCGGGGUCGCGCCCCCGCCCGUGCUGCUCGCAGCGGCCCGGCCCCCCGCCGCCCCGCUGCUCCCGGGGCCGCCCGGCUGGCCAGCCCCCGGCGAGCCGCUGCUGCCGCUGGUGCCGCUGCCCGCUGCGCCAGACCCCGCCGCCGCCGCCAGCGCCGCGCACCGCUACCCGCUGCUCCCCGGGCAGUGGCUAUUCGGUGGCUCUUCUCCUCCCGUAGGCCUGUCCCCCUCUUCCACUGUGGAGCUGGUGCCCAUUUUCCCACAUGUCUGCCCAUCUGCUCUCCCACCUCCUGCUGGGAAAGGUUGGAUAGACAAACGGAUACCCAACUGUAAGAUCUUUUUAAAUAAUUCCUUUGCUCUGGACUCAACGUGGAUAUAUCCCGAGGAAUCAAGAUUGUUCCAUGGGUAUGAAAAGCCUCAUUUAUUGGCAAAUCAAGUAGCUGUGUCUCUGUCCAGGCCAGCGCCUGCCUCCAGGUCUCUUCCCACAGUGGUGUUAGCACCUCAGCCUAUACCAGGUGGUUGCCACAACAGCCUUAAGCCCGUGGGCAGCAGCCCCGCCAUCGCCAUCGCCACCACGGCCGCAGCCAUGGUCUCCGUGGACACCGAGGGCCUCGGGGGCCCGGCCCCCUCCGGCGUGCAGCCCUGCCGCUUCCUGACGCUGGCGCCCAUCAAAAUACCCCUGCGGACCGUCCCCUUCCCUGAGAAGAGCAGGGCCCGGGUCCGCACGCCCCGCCCUCCUGCCCUGAUGCUGCGCGCGGAGAGGAGGAGCCCGGCCGGGGACGAAGGACACAAGGAGCCCCCGCCGAUCCUGGUGACGGGAGAGGACAGCGCGGCCAAAGGCAGCAGACCAGUGGCCUCCACGCCGGUGCCCGGCUCCCCCUGGUGCGUGGUCUGGACGGGCGAUGACCGGGUUUUCUUCUUCAACCCCACGAUGCAGCUGUCCGUGUGGGAGAAGCCCGAGGACCUGGAGCACCGUGGCGACCUCGACAGGAUCCUCCAGGACCCGCCGCACAAGCGCAAGCUGGAGGCCGCGGCCGGCGAGCACGGCGACGGGGCGGGCUCCGAGGACGGCCGAGAAGACCCGAGCGUGAAGACCAAGAGGAACCGGACCGAAGGCCACGUGAGCCCGGGCCCCGAGGAGGCGGAGCGAGAGGACAAGGGCGCCAGGACGCUGCCGCCCCAGAUCCUCCUGCCGCUGGAGGAACGGGUGACCCACUUCCGAGACAUGCUGCUGGAGAGAGGGGUGUCAGCGUUUUCUACGUGGGAGAAAGAAUUACAUAAGGUCGUGUUCGAUCCCCGCUACCUCCUACUGAACUCUGAGGAACGGAAGCAGAUAUUUGAACAGUUUGUCAAGACGAGGAUAAAAGAGGAGUACAAGGAAAAGAAAAGCAAGCUGCUGCUAGCCAAAGAAGAAUUCAGAAAACUCCUAGAGGAGUCGAAGGUGUCGCCCAGAACCACGUUUAAGGAGUUUGCCGAGAAGCACGGCCGGGACCAGAGGUUUCGACUCGUUCAGAAAAGGAAGGACCAAGAGCACUUUUUCAACCAGUUCAUCCUUACGCUUAAGAAGCGGGACAAGGAAAACAGACUCAGGCUGCGGAAGAUGAGAUGAGUGUGCGGACAAUGCAAUAAGACUGAGCUUUGUGGGAAGGGGCAGGGCGGUGGGGAAGGCCCAGGCUGAGCGGUGGGGCGGGGAGAGGGCCUCCCGGGCUGGCUCAGUCCUCAGAGGAUUACUGUUUCAUAUUGAAGCUUUUUGUAUAAGGUGCAGAGUUGGAUGCAUUUCUAAUUGCCAUGCCAUGUGGGUCCCUUGGUUGUUUCAAUUAUGCAAAUGACUUGUAAUAUACACGGAGGCUAAACCCACUGCAGGUUGGUAACCGGGCAGGCACGGGCACCGUCUGAAACCACCCCAAGGUGAGCCGACGCUCUGCCACUUCCCUGCACCCCUCCGUGAGUUCCUGCGGUGACAGGGGGGGCCCCCCAGGAGUUCCGGAGCCGGGGCCCGCCUCACUCAAGUGUCCUCACGUCUCCGUCUAGUUUCCUGCGUGGUAGCAAUAGGGUCCUUUAUCAUUCGUCAUAGUGACAUCCAUGAACACCAGGGCACGGGGACGGGGGUGGGGGGCACCCCCAGAUGUCGUAGGGUAAUCACCUCAUACCCCCGGGGCAUCCGGCCCGGAGAGGGGGCUGCACUGCCUGUCGGAGGUCCCACCGAGACAGAAUUAUUUUGUACAAAACCAUCCAAUAACGUUUGAGUUAUUUUUAUUGUAUGCCCAGAGUGUGCAUGGGACUUUUCUCAUCAUCUUUGUAUAGAAAAAAAAAAAAAAAUCUAAGAUUUUUAAAUUAAUAAAUAUUUUAAACCA